AUGUGCUAUGCGAAUGUCUAUGCUGAUUAUGGGCCGGCCCAAGGAUUGUCCAAUUUCAACAACCCAGACCGAUUCGGCCUAGACGAUCCAGGCCAAGAAGACUUAGCCGAAGACGAAGAGGAGGACGAAGAAGACGAAGACACUUCACCCAAAGCCAAACCUGCCAAAAACAAGCGCCCUCUCCACGGGAGCUCUUCAGAUGAGGAUGAAGAAGACGACGAUGCCCAAGGAGACUCGUCCAAAGCCAAAUCCGGCAAAAAUAAGCGCCCUCCCUAUGGGAACGCACCAGAUAAGGAUGAAAAGGACGAAGAUGACCAAGGCGACUCACCCAAAGCCAAACCUAGCCAAACCUGGCAAAAGAAGAGUCCUCCAUCUGGGAGCUCCCCAGACGAGGACGCCCAAGACGAAGAUUACCAAGGCGACUCACUUAAAGCCAAAUCCGGCAAAAGGAAGAGCCCUCCACACGAGAGCUCUCUAGACGAGGAUAAAAAGGACGACGAUGUCCAAGGAGACUCGUCCAAAGCCAAAUCCGGCAAAAAUAAGCGCCCUCCCUAUGGGAACGCACCAGAUAAGGAUGAAAAGGACGAAGAUGACCAAGGCGACUCACCCAAAGCCAAACCUGUCAAAAAGAAGAGCCCUCCAUCUAGUAGCUCCCCAGACAAGGACGCCCAAGACGACGACGCGCAGGACGACUCACCCAAAGCCAAACCUGGCAAAAAGAAGAGCCCUCCCUCUGGGAGCUCCCAAGAUGAAGACGCCCAAGACGACGACGCUCAAGGCGGCUCAUCUAAAGCCAAACCCGCCAAAAACAAGCGCGUUCCUUAUGGGAGGUCCCAAGAUGAGGACGACCAAGAUGAAGACGCCUCAGAUGACGAUGCUCCAGAUCUGGACAUCUAA